AUGACAGGACACAUCGGACGAGAUAAAAGCUGUCCUGCAAUAAGUAAAACAUGUAAAAAGUGUGGAUUGGUGGGUCAUUUUGCAGUUUGUUGUCGUACUAAAGCCCCAAAGAAACCCUCAAAUGGAAAACAACGUCAACAUGGAGCUUAUCAAGUAGAGGAAGAGAAACAGGAACCAGAAACGGACAAUUAUGCUUUUGUAGUUAAGCCUGCUCGUGAAAAGACAGGUGGAGUUGUUGAACUUGUCAUUGGAGGUGUGGAGUUAAAUAAUGUCCUUUUCGAUUCUGGAGCUUCCUGCAAUAUAAUGGAUCGAGCAACAUGGGAAAACCUGAAACAAAAAGGUGUGAAGUGUGAAUCUCAGAAAAGCGAAAAGAAAUUGUUUGCAUGUGGACAAACGGAUUCAAUUGAGGUUUUGGGAACAUUCAAAAGCGAUAUUUUCUGUAAAGAUUCAAGGGUAAGCUGUGUCGAUGAGUUUACCGUAGUUCAAAGUCCAGGAAAAGUUUUACUUGGAAAGAAUACAAUUGGAAAGAAUUAAAUGUUCUUAGAGUGGGACCUCCACGUUCUCCACAAGUCUACUCGGUUGCAUAUGAAGGCAGUGAUAAAGAUAUUAUGAAUGAUUUUAAAGAAAUUUUCUCAGGAUUGGGAAAACUAAAGGAUUUCCAGAUGAAAUUGCACAUUAAAGAUGAUGUGAAACCAGUAGCACAACCAGUAAGAAGAUUACCGUUUGGUCUCAGAGCAAAAGUGGACAAAAAGCUUAAUGAGUUAUUAGAAGAAGAUAUUAUUGAAGAAGUACCAAGUGGCCCUACCGGUUGGAUAUCACCUCUUGUUGUCGUACCAAAACCAGAUGGUGAUAUUC